UUUGCAUUUUCAUCAGUUGCUAUACAUAGACUUUGGCGGCAUAUACGGACACGGACAUUUGGUUUAAAAUUAUUGGUAGACUGGUUGGGCCCAUACCUCUAAUUAGGCAGUUGAAAUUAGUUAAAAACUUAUCGAGUCAAGAAUUUAUCCUCAUCUCAUACAAGGAUUCACCCCAACUCUAAUUCCAGUCAACUCAACGAGAUGCUCACUUCACAAUUCUACAACGUGCCUGCACCCGUGGUAUGUCGGAACACUUACAGAUGGUCACGUGAAUUAUUAUGUAUUCUGCCCCGUGGUUUGUUUGAAGCAGGAGUUUUCUAUGUUAGAGUUGGUCAACUAUUAUUUUAGAUUGGUGAAGCAGUAAAUAUUCAUACAAUGUUGCGAAAUCCAACUUAUAUCGAUCGAGUUGAGAGACGGUUGAAAUCAUACUUACAUUGUGUACUGACCGGAGACGAUGAUUACUUGAAAUGUUUGUCUACAAAACCAUUGCUAAUACCGAAACUUUUAUCAUUAAUUUCAAGUGAACAAGGAUCCUCGAAACCGUUAGAAACAAAUAAAAUAAAUGAAGAGUAUCAUUUAAAAAUUCUUCAAAUUAUUGAUUAUUUCUCUUUAAUUCAUCAACCUAUUGAAAUGAAUGAAAUGAUUGAAAAUUUAAUUACACUUAAAACGUAUAUUAUUUUAUGUUUAGAAAAAUUAAUCAAAAUAUCAAAAUAUCAAAAAAAUCUUCGUAAUCAUAAUGGAAUAAAAAUUUUAUUGAAUUAUUUAAAAGUAUGUUUGCAGUUCAAAUCCAAUUUAAACAACCCUAGCAGCAUAAAAGAACUGUCUAAUUGUUCAGUUUAUACGAACCCGUCGACAUAUACCGUGAAAACUUCAGAAGAAUGUCUCUGUCAAACGAAAUUGGUACAUGAUUUUGACCAAGAUACUAUACGGCGCAAUACAUCUAUAUGUGGAAUAUUAUCUCAAUUGGCAAUGAAUGAUUUUUAUGCUCAAAUUAUUGCACGUGAAAAUGGUAUACAUUUGAUUGGUUCACAAUUAUUAAUUAAGUAUUCAAGUAAUAUUGAAAAACAAUGUUUAACAGCAAUUGAGUCCGAAUUAAAACAAACUAAUAAUGUUGAAAGUCAACAAACAAUUGAUACAAAUAAAUUUGGGUUAGGAAACAUUCGCCAUUUAUAUGCAAAUGCAUUUUGUGCAUUACGUCGAUUAUUUAUAUCUGAACAUAAUCGACGUUUAAUCAAAUCAUUUUUACCGUCAUCUUUAUUAUCGGAAUUAAUCGAAAUCAAUAUCAACACAACAACAGAUACAAAUGAUUAUGAAAAAUUAGUUAAUCUACUUGUAUCAUUAAAUAAUGAAGAAUAUAAUCAACUUAUUGAUGGUAUAAUUUCUUGUGAUAUAAAUCGAACACCUAUUCAUUAUGUACGUGAAUAUUCAAUAUUAGAAUUACUUGGAACUGGUGCAUAUGGUAAAGUAUUUAAAGCAUCAAAAAAUAAAAUGCCUUAUAAUAAUUAUGCAAUUAAGAAGGUUAGUACUAGUCAAAUAUUUUUUGGUCGAACUUCAAAUGAACGUCAACAGUGUAUUGAUCGUAUAUUGAAUGAAGUCAAUGUUAUACGACAACAACUAAGGCAUCCAAAUAUUGUUCGUUAUUAUAAGACAUUUUUAGAUUCUGAUCAUUUAUACAUUGUGAUGGAAUUAUUGGAUGGUGUUUCGUUGACAGAGUUACUUAUAUCUUUUAAAGAGAAGAAUAUACAUUUCAGUGAAUCACAUAUAUGGAAUAUAUUUAUUCAGUUAAUAUUAGGUUUACGUUAUUUACAUAAAGAGAAGAAAAUACUGCAUAGAGAUUUAUCAUCAAAUAAUAUAAUGAUUAGUGAAGGUAACAAGGUUACUAUAACAGAUUUUGGUUUAGCCUACCACAAAACAUUGAAUUCAAAUGAAAUAAAAUCAACUGUUGGUACAUUAUUAUAUGCCUGUCCAGAAAUGGUACAAUGUCUUCCGUAUGGUGAAGGUUCAGAUAUAUGGGCACUUGGUUGUAUUCUAUAUCAGAUGUGUACAUUCACUUUACCAUUUCAAGGUGAAUGUAUUCUUAGUACUGCAUCACGUAUAGUAAAAGGUGACUAUCAAUCAGUUAAAAUUAAAUGUCCAAAUCAAUAUUCCAAUCUUGUUGAUCAAAUAAUUCAAGUUUGUCUAGAACCUGAUCCAAUUCAAAGACCUGAUAUAACAGGUGUAGCUACUUAUUUGACAAGUGAUAUUCUGUCUCAAUUAGAUGCUACACAAUCAAAAUGUGCAAAAAUUAAAGGAAAAUUAAAUGAGUUUCAAAAUACAAUUGUAUGUGAUUUGUGUUGUCCUUUUAAACACUCUACGGAUGAACAAGUUUAUGAGAAACAUAGUACAUAUACUAAUAAUGUUAAAAUGCUUGAUUCCAAUGUAGAAAUUACAGGCAUUAUUACGUCAAUGGGAAUAUUCGAACAACCAAUACAAAAAUAAUUUAAACUUCAUUCAAUUACACGGGCUAAUGGUUAUCUGGACUCAGUAACUAGGUAGAUAAUGCGAUGGCGUUUGAAGCGAACAGAAUGAACAUCAACUCUUGGACGCAGACAAAUCAGGUUGAUGAGUCCCAAAUAGGAUGAAACGCGCGUUCUGGAUUCCAAUGCUAGCCAUCAUCCAUCACUGCUUAUGGUGCUUGUGUUACGAAUGUUUGGAUUACCUUAAAGUGUUUGGCUUGUCCUUGUGGAAUUUUAGCAUUUAAUUAUACAAUAUGAUGAUGCUUAAAAUCACUGUCCAAAAUAUGAUGUGAAAUUAUUCCACAAUAUUAUUUUAUUAUUGGAAGUAAAAUAUAAUAUAGAUUCCUGUUACAUUGUUUUAAUGUGUGAACUCUGAGAUUCUGUUGUAGUCACUCAAAUAAGUAUACGGUAAUACACUUCUCAUUAAUUUUCGGAGUUAUAAAUAUUGUAGGACUGCUAGACGAUUACUCUCAAUGAUGACAUUAUUUGGAAGAAGACUCUUUAAAGACAAGUGACCAACAAUAAAAGUUAUUUUAUUCAUCAAAAUUAUACAAUUUUAUGCAAAAUAUUUAAUAACUAAAAUAAACCUGAUCAAAAGAAAUCAUUAAAAACGUAAAUAAUUGUAAACUAUAAAUAACGUAGCUCGUGAACCAAUCCUAUGUUGGUAUUAAGUUAACUUAUUGUCAUCCAUAUGAAAAUUUUAUUGAUUUAAUUAAAUGAUCAGUUAAUGAAAUGAAGUGCAAUAAUUGACUACAAAUUUCACUACUAAUUAUUACUUGAAAGUCUAAUUUUAGGUUUGUAAGAAAUAAUUCAAAAAAAAUAUUAGUUAGAGUUAGACAUAAACACCAUCAGAUGCCGGCUAAUUGGUCUAUCGGUUAAGUGCUCUGGCGCGAGACUGGUCGGUCCUGGGUUCGAAUCUCGUGAGGUGAGGUCGUGGACGCGCUCUGCUGAGGAGUCCCACAAUAGGACGAAACGGCCUUCUAGUGCUUCCAAGUUUUCGAUGGUGGUCUAGCUUCAAUUGACUCACGCUUUCAACUAUGACAAACAUAUUAGUUAGCUACUUCCCAACAUCGUCCGUCGUAUUACUAAUUAUUCUUCCCUAUUAAAAAAUUCGCUCUUUUUUUAGAAAUAUCAACUACUACACAAAUUUUGUCUACAAUUACAAUUAAUCAAAGUAAUUUACGUGAAAUCAAUGAUCCAGUACUUGGUAUGAUUACAGUAAUGCAUAAGUUAGGAUACCUUUCACAAGAAUCCUCAUUCAACAAUGAUAUCAGCUUAGAAUAUGAAGCUAUUCAGUAUAUAGUGAAAAAGUAACUGUUUUAAUUUUAUAUUUGCUUCUUUUUCUUUAUUGUUGCUUAAUUAUGAAAUGUUUUUAAGUGGAAAUUCUGAAAAUUUCUCAGUAUUUGUCAUUUAUAUGUAUUGGUUUAAUUUGUCAUAGCUCUUUUCUGAACAACAAAAGAUAAAUUUUCUAAAACUGAUCGUAGAAGAAAAUAUACAUAUAUAUCUGUCAUAGUAAUAUUAUUGACGUGCGAGAUAUGGUUUCGAGACGAAUCAAUGAAACUAAAGAAUAAAAUGUGUGAAGUGGUGAACAAAUUCUAUAAGAAAAUAGGGGAUGAAUAUGUCUUCGAAAUUUCGAUCGAUUUUAUAACUUAUUAUCUCCAACUACAGAAUAAGAUCAUAAUACUGAUCUCAACGAGGAAAUCUGUACCUAUCAAGACGUAUCAGUAUAAAUGUUAAUAAUAAUCUUGUUUUAGUUUGGCCGUCUCUAAUAUUUUAUUGCCCUAUGUCUUUUCUAACCAGUUUUGCGCACCUUAAAAGGCGGAAGCUAUUUUAUACAAUUUGAAAAUUAUCUCCACCACUAUACAUCUAAGAACAGUUAGUAACAGCUAUUCCAUUCUACUUUGAGAUUCUAUAAGAGUAUGCACUCAUCACCGCAUUUAAUAUUUAGCUGUGGUUUUUCAUAUUGCACUUCUAACAAGAUCUCAUUAACCCACUGGGUCAAUACCUAAAAGUCCAUAUUUAUGAUCAAUUAUUUUGGAUAUAGCGUGGACCUUCAUUAAUAUCAUUGUUUUGUUUUGCCUGUUAUAACUUCCUACAAUACAACUUCAAAGAAGCCGGAAUAGUUCAUUUAGGAGAGCACGAUAUUGAAGAUUUGACUGUUUCCAACAGGCGUCCGGCUCUUAGUUUUCCCCCAAAUGCUCUAGUACAGCCAGAGGUGGGGACAGUCCGCUCUCCCCUUCAAAAUGCUCUCACUUGACCACGCGUAUACAGUCACUGCCAAGAAAGUCCUACUCACUGCCUUCUCGCGGCGAGGUUGUUGUUUACAAAACUGAGAGGACGAAAAGUGAAUGUCCGGCGCUUGAAACGGGUUGGUGGAUGCAGAGGAUCCACCUAUGGGAGUUGGAAAACUGAUCUCAAACCAGCGGUGCACAUGAAAUUCAGGAUCCUAAGGAUACAAAUAGUAUAUGAACCAAUUGUUGGUCACCGGCCACUAUUGGACUGUAUCUCCUAACGUUUCUCCACUUCCUUGUGGACUAGACCUUUAGGUUCAAGGCUCCGGGUGUGGCCCCCUAAGAAAAAUCACCCGUUUAGGUUUAGGCAACCGACCGUAUUCCAUCCAUCACACAAAUCGAAUGAUUUAUCUGGUACAUAUAUUUAAUGCCUUCUUGUAUCAAUGUUUAUUUGUUUAAAUAAAUAAACAAAUAAAAACCAACUCCAACUUAAGUAUGGGUAAAUAAAACUUGGCUUUGAAAAAAUGUUACACAGUUUGGAAGUGAUUCUCAUCACUUAAAUUAUCAUACGUUUAGAAUUUCCACCAAGUAACUCGAUGUUGUUUAAACUAAAAAAAAAUGUAAAAUGAAAUUUAGUAGAAUUGUAUGAUAGUUUUAGCAUAUAUUCAAUUUAGCCAACAUAUUUCAUAAUUUCGUUUAGAGAUUGCUGUAUUCAUCAAAGUACACUAUUUGAUAAUUCAUUCCUUGUUUUAUCAGUUAAACUACAGUUUGAAAUAAGUAAGGUUGUUGUAUAUAUGCUUGGGUAAGAAUAAAUUAUUAUGAAGAUGAGUGGCUUCUCUUUUAGUCAAAAGGGAUAUCUAUGUAGAUUUAAUUAUGAAAUGUCUAUAAUUUAAGGAUUAUUCAGAGUUAAAGACUAUCAUACAAAGGUUUUAUUUUAAUCUGAGAUUAUUUUCAAUAGUGUUAACCUUACAUGGAAUGAAACCUUAACAAAAAAAAUUGCAAUAUACAAAGGUACACUUCAUGAAACCAUCUAUCUUAUUCAGACUAACUGUUAUUGUUUAAAUAUUGGUAAAAUUAUAAAUAAUGAUUUAGAAAUACGUUGUAUUUUCUUUAUCAUUGGCCAUAUGAAUAAAAGUCCGAUUAGGAAAAUUUUCGAAAUAUUUUUUUUAAUAAAAUAUUAUUUACUUACGUCUGUUACCCCUCAUGGAGGAGCAUAGGCCGCCCACCAGUUCUGGUUAGCGUUUUUUCAGUGAGUUAUUUUUCUACGAGAUGGAAUCGCUAACCCCAUGCCCAAACCUCCUCCUUUACCCGGGCUUGGGAUCGGCAGUAACUCUAUGAGAGCUAAGGGCGGAGUUAUAAAUGAAAUAUAGAAUAGUAAAUUUUAAAUUUUUUUUAAUAGAAACUUAAUAAUUAAGUUAAGCAAAUGAAAUAACACAUUUCUUUUUUUGUUUUAUAUAAUUGAACAAAUUAUUAAUCCAUUCAAAAACUAACAAAUAGGACAUCAUCUUAGUUCAAAUUAUCCAGUAUGUUGAAUCAAUAAUAACAAUGAUAAUGGUAACUGACGUUUCUUAAAUUCUCACACGUUAUUCCUUUUCAUUUUAUUUUUCUUGAAAAUGAAACUCAAAGUUGUUGCCCCCUAUUAUAGAUAAUCAAAAUACCUUUACAUACUUUACUCAAUACUAAAUACUAUGAGUAGAAUUAUGUUACAUAAGAAGAAAAAAAGAAAGACAAAUAUUUUAUAAAUUUUAUUUUAGUAGACUAAUAUUUGAACGAAGAUUAUACUUUUCGAUAAAUUGUCUUCAGAUUAUACAAUUAUAUAUCCACAAGGCUAAUUAAUCAAUAGUAAUCUUAGCU